AUGAGUUUUGGUCCAUUAAAAGCAUUUAAUUUGGUUAAAGAUGGAGCAACAGGACUUUCAAAAGGAUAUGCUUUUUGUGAAUAUGGUGAUUCUAAUGUUACAGAUGCUUCUAUACAAGGUCUUAAUGGUAUGCAAUUAGGUGAUAAAAAAUUAAUUGUACAAUUAGCUAGUGUUGGUGCUAAAAAUAUGCCUGGAGGACCUGGUGUCAUAGGUGUACAAUUACCUGGUAUGAAUCUAUUAGCACCGGCUGUAAGUACAGAAGUUUUAUGUUUAUUAAAUAUGGUUACUGAAGAAGAAUUACGUGAUGAUGAAGAAUUUGAAGAUAUUAUGGAAGAUGUACGAGAAGAAUGUAGUAAAUAUGGUUUUGUUAAAAGUUUGGAAAUUCCACGACCAAUUCCAGAUGUUGAUGUACCUGGUGUCGGAAAGAUCUUUGUCGAAUUUACAUCAAUUGGUGAAUGUCAAAAAGCACAACAAGCAUUAACAGGACGAAAAUUUGCUAAUCGUGUUGUUGUUACAUCAUAUUAUGAUCCUGAUCGAUAUCAUCGACGUGAGUUUUAA